CCGACUUCAUCUGUCUUCAGCAGUCACACUUGUUGAAAAAAGCAAAUAAACGCAAAUCACAAUGGUGGAGUGGUCAGCUGCCGAACGCAAGAUUGUUGCUGAUGUCUGGGGCAAAAUGAGCAUUGAUGAAAUCGGCCCCCAGGCUUUGGCAAGGUUGCUGAUCGUGUAUCCCUGGACUCAGAGGUAUUUCGGUUCCUUUGGAAACCUAUCCAGUGCAGGUUCAGUCCUGGGCAAUCCUAAAGUGUCUGAACAUGGCAAAACUGUGCUCGGUGCGCUGGAAAAGGCCGUGAAGAACCUGGAUGACAUUAAAGGCCUUUACUCCAAACUAAGCAAACUGCACUGUGAUAAACUCAACGUUGAUCCCGACAAUUUCAGGCUGUUGGCCGAUUGUCUAAGCAUUGUCAUUGCGACCAAAUUCGGAUCCGCCUUCAACCCUGAGGUUCAGGCCACUUGGCAGAAAUUCCUGUGUGUCGUUGUGGCCGCUCUCUCCAGCAGAUACUUCUGAAGUUCUGGUGAAGAUUUACAAGGAACCAUUCUCUGCAUCAGUGAUGUUUCAAGGCAUCAAACGUAUUAAUAAAAAUUAAAUCAAUGUUA